UAAUGUCUCCUUCAAAUUGGAUGCCCUGUGCAGGAUGCUCGUGCCCGAAUCAUCAUUUCCCCCCUCAAAACGCCGUCUCUGAGAAUACCUCUUUCUCAACUAUGGAUCUGACCCGUUUAAUGCGCUCGAAUGACCAGCCAUCACCGGCCGAAGCUGAUGCUAUUCGAGGCAUGAUAUCCCAACACGAGGAGCGCGUCACAACCACAGAUUUACGCAUCUCCUCCCUUGGUGCUUUUCGUGAAGAGAUGAUCAACCUUGUCUCAAAGGCUGAUGAGAUGGUCGCUGCGCUCCGUGGGGAGCGCAAACGAGUUUUGGUGGAGAUACAGGAGAAGAAAAGUCUUCUGAGCGCCGUUCGACGACUUCCCCCCGAAAUCCUGUUUCAGAUAUUUCGCGAAACAAUCGACUUUCCAAUGAAGCGCACGCAAACAGACCGAGACGCCCUUUGGUGGGAUUUUAUCCCUGCUCCGUACUCGUUAUGGACCAUUGAACUGGUUUCGUGGCGUUGGAGGACCGUAGCUCUCAUCUUCCCUGAGCUAUGGUCGCACGUCAACAUUUACAUCACAGAUGAUGAUUUUUCAGAGGGAGAAUAUGGGUUCAUUCGGCGUCUGGGUCUUCAGUUGGCCCGUUCUCAGCAAUCCUUACUCUCCCUCUCUAUAUGCGAUGGCGGCAAUUCCAACUACAAGAAACUCCCAUCUUCCCUCGAAUUACUACUUUUUUCGGUUUCUAACAGAUUGCACGAAUUGCACCUUUCCAUGACCGCGGAGAUGUUCUCUACCAUUCCUUCGCUGCAAUUACCACUGCCGUCCCUUGAAUCUCUUUCCAUUCUUUGCACGAAUGCUGUUAGCAUCAGCGGUUACAGUUAUUUAAAGCUGGUCUGCAAUGCACCCAAACUUCGCGACCUGGCGUUUAUAGAUGUCGAAAAUCCAUCGAUGUCAUUUGAACUUCCAUGGACGCAGAUCACCUGUUGUAGCAUCGCUCAUGCAUGUCACUCGAAUGAAAAUCCAGGACCCGAUCCCACCAGGUUCCUGCAAGUCCUCGGAUUGAUGACGAAUUUAACGAGCUGCGACUUGGUCUGUGAAGCGUACUCGAUUGGAUUUGAAGCUGAGCAGGUUGCAUGUACCAAUCUUCAGGAAUUUGCAAUAAGGUCGUGGCCAAUGAGUCAUAACGCCAUCCCCCAAUUAUUUAGCCGUCUCCUACUGCCGUCCCUCUCCAUCUUCAGAGCAAAGUGCUCGGUGGGGUCAAUUAAGCGAGACAGUGAAGAAACUUUUACAUCCAUCCGACAUGCCAUCAAUGUGUCCCAAAGCCCUCUAAUAGUUCUUGAAUUUGAACACGGUCUCGUCGCAGAAGAAGACCUCCUCUCCAUUCUUCGAACCACGCCUACCCUAGAGCUGUUGAAGCUCGUCGAUAUCGGUACUAAUGCAAUCACCGACCAGACUUUAGACGAACUUACGGUCAGACCGAACGAAGAUCCUAUUAUCCCCCGACUAUCCAGCCUCCACCUCAGUACAAAACUAAGGUUUACAUCACAAACGUUUGUCGCAAUGGUCGGGUCGCGACGGGCCGGCACUGGUUCCCUCGGAGUUGAGAGUCUGAAGUCUGUCCGUGUUUGUUGGUUCACUGAUGAAGACCAUCCGGAUGAAAACGAAGCGUUGGACAUCGUUGUGUUAUCUAGUUUGGACCUGUAUCGCUCGGAGGGAUUGGAAUUCGUCUUAACCACGCAGAAAACCCCUCAGCGGGAGUGAGACUGAACAGUAGGUGCACUGUUCUAUAUCUCUGAAAAAUGUUGUUAAUAAUAUUACAUCGUUUCAGUCCGAGCCGCUUCUAUCCAUACACGUCUUUAAGUACUUUUGUUUUACUACUCUUAUUUGUGCAAGCUCCUUUUAAGAGCUCCACAUUCUGAUAUGAAAGAAGAAUACGACAAACCAUUGGCCCAAAUAGCAAGGGGUCCGAUCACGCUCUUGCACCCUGAUAUGCUCUAUAUAAGCCAUACCAUCUCUUCCAUCAUGUCAUCCUGAUAAGAUUGCGUAUUAAUGAGAGAAG